AUGUUCAUUCCGUUUAUUACGACGCGAAUGCAAAGACGUGCUGGCAGCGGGAGUGCAGGUGGUGGAAGUAAAGGCGGGAUGGGUUCGACUUCCAAGAGUGGAAGUGGGACAGGUAGCUCGAGCAGCGGCAAAGGAUCCAAUGGUGGUAGCUCAUCCAGUAGUAGUGGAAAGGACAGCAGUGUGUCUGCCGGGGGAACAUCCAAAGCUACUUCUUCGUAUAGCAAAUGUGGAGGACCGAUUUCGACUAUUCCUUCCAGCCAGCUAUUCGCUGGGCGGCGUGGCGUUGGUGGAACUGGUAUUAAAUGUGUAGCCAGUUUCUACUACUUCCUCCACCUUUCGAAUUUCACGCAAACCCUGGUAACGCCAACAGUCCUCGAAGCGAUGUAUGUUCCCUUCGUCUCUACACUGAGCGGCUCUCGAAAACUGUACCGUCGGAAAGGAGGGGGUGGUGGUGGUAAGGGUGGUGGAAGCAGAAGCGGAGGCGGUAAAAGUGGGGGUGCUGGGAAAAGUGGAGGAGGGGGGAAAAGCGGUGGCUCAAGUUCAGGUUCAGGUUCAGGUGCUAAACCUAUUCAGCCUGUCAAUACAGGCGGAUCUUCGAAGAAAUCUUUCUCGUACAGCACAGGCGGGGGAAGCGCAUUGACAAUUCCAUCGGGCCAGCCUUUCGCUGGACGCUCUCAAGGCGGCGCCAGCAGGUCUCAGGUAUAUGGCACAAGGCGUGUUUCACGUUUUUCUCUUCUGGUGCUUGAAGCUGACAGUGAAGAAGCAUAUAUGGCAGCGGGUACCCAGGCGUUGCAGGCCGCGGCGUGGCGGGCCGAGGGUUUCCCUUCUAUUUCUGGCCUUUGGCAUGGGGUGGCGUUAGUGGGUACAGCGGUGCCGCCUACCUACACAACAACGAAUCGACCCGGAGGGGUCAUGAUGUCUGCUACUUUUCCCGCGAGCUCCAGCAACACCACAUUCCACGUUGUAGCUGACAACAGCACGGUCGCCUCCCUCAUCACGGAUAUUAGAAAUAAUUGCUCGUCGGUGAUCAAUACUUCAUCUGCUUCAGGUGCUCCCAUUGCAUUUAACGAUUCGGGUGCGAGCACACCAAAGCCGGAACAAGCCGUACAGUUCUAUCGCGCUAGUAGUGUGGCCCUCACAGUGGAUGGGUAUAACAAUACCGGAGCUUUAGAUGAUUCCGGAAACACGCCUAACACACCUGUUCCUCCUUGGGUCGACACGAAUGCCCUUAACUGUCUCAAUUACACAAUUGGAGCUGCUGUACCAUUAGUGGAUGGUGCGGAUGCACGUUCGACGAAUCCUUACCUAGGAUAUCUGGUUUUGGUAUGGGUCUUGUAUCAUUUCUGUUCAUUUUUGUAA